CUCAUUUCUGUCAGUCGCACAAAACAAAAAUGGCGGCAAUACCUUUCAACGAUAAAGUUAUGCUUAUUCAAGAAGUGCAAAGUCAUCCCGUGUUAUGGAAUGGUGAACACGCGAAAUAUGGGGACAGAUUUUACACAGCGGCAGCUUGGAACAAUAUAUCUCGCAAAAUGAAUAUUCCAGAGAAUAUUCUAAGAAGAAAAUGGAAAAAUCUUCGUGACACAUUCAGAAACAUACAAAAAAAAUCUGCGAUAUCUGAUCUUAAAAAGUAUAACGGAAAAUGGAGAUAUUUUCGUCUUAUGACUUUCAUCGCAGAUGAACAUAGAGAAGAUGACGACUCAGUAGAAUUUAUAGUUGAAUCUGAAAGUGACGAAGAAAGAUCCGAUAGAGAAUCCCGAGUCUCAUGUCCCACACAUGGUAAAAAUGAUGAUAGUGAAUCGGACUUUUCAAAACAUGAUACGAGUCAUGAUGAUGAAUCCAGCAAUGGCAAGUGUGAAAAUGAGAAAAACCAAGGAAUAACAAAAGACAAUGGCAACAAACGGCAAAAUUAUGACACUAAAGAUGAAAAACUAGAAGAAAAUAACUCAAACUCAGAAGAUGAAAUCCCUGUAAAACGCCAAAAAACAUCUAAUAGACUUUCAAAUUAUGACGUGAUGUUUUUAAAGUCAUUAGCCCCGUAUUUUAAACAGUUAGAACCGCUAAGGAAACUGGUUAUGAGAAGUAGAAUUCAAAAUUUAUUGCUUAAUGAAAUUGCGGAGCAAAAUUCUGAACACAAAUCUGAUAGCUAGUAGGUAUGCCCCUAUGCCUUGUAGGUAUUUUUAGCAAGAGCGCCUAGCUGAAUUGGAUCAUUCACAAUUUGAAUUUGUUGUUAACAGUUAGUUCGACCUACCUACUAUUUUUCUUUUAUUCAAUGAAACAAUAAAUGUUUUAAUAAGUAAAACGUGGUAAAACCAAAGUUUUUAUUAUUCGUGAACCUUAGAAACAUCUACACCACGUAGCAUAUCACCACAUUUGUGGAUUUUAUCAUUACCUUAUCAUUUUAGUUUAUAUUUUAAAUAGUAAUUUUAGUUACAUUCAUACACAACCUGCACAGAAAACGCGGUGCCAUAAAUAAAUAACCUUUUUCUGGGUCUGCCUGUACCUAGCUUCUG